GUUGGAAAUUAUAAACGUCUUGGUUUAUUUCGAUCUUCGUUAUUCAUGUACAGAAGACACUUUUGUCGUCGUUGGUCGUGUACCAUUAUUGAGAAACAAGGUUCUUUGAAUAAUCUCGAACAGUCUUCUCUCAACAGUUUGAAAGAGUUGAGUUUGGAAGAGCUAUUGGAGAAUCUCUCUUGUCAGGAGUUAUAUGGAGAGGAACCGGAAGUCUCCAUUCCACCAGUUACGAAGCAGUUGUUAGGAAGGAAAUCUGGUUCCAAGUGGACUUCUUCCGGAGUCUUCCAUGUAGCAGAUGAUGUCAAUCGCUGGUUUGAUUUGAAUCCUCGAACUAGUCAUUCUUAUGCAACGUUGUUGAAAAUAUUGGGUUUAUUAGGUCAAACGGAACUCAUCGAUUUCUAUUUAGAAGAAAUGAAACGGCAGAAAAUAGUUAUUACUGAGGAAGUUGUUACAGCAGCAGCAAGUAGUUUUGCAUUAUGUCAUCAGUGUGAUGAAGUGAAGAAACUUUUGCUAGUUGCCAAGGAAGAAGGAAUCGUUCCUAGUGAGUCACUAAUAUCUGUCACUAUUCUUUCUCUUAUGAGGUCUGGAUACUUUGAAGAUGCCAUUCGAGUUCUUGCUACUGGUCGAUUGGAAGAUAUUGAAUUUGAUAUUUGUUUUAAAAAAGAGAACGAUGAAGAGACGAAUAUUCUUAGUCCAGUUGUCGAUAUUCAGCAUUGUAUGCAAUCUGAAGAAACUUUUUCCGAUGCUUUAAAGAGAAUUCCAGAUUGCUAUGAUAUCGUUACUUGGACAUGUCUCUUAAAAGGCCUAUUUGACAAAGGUCGUUAUUCAUUUUGUUUAACUGCCUUUGAACAUUUGUUAAGUAGAGGAAAGGAGUUGGAUUCUUUUGCUUUUGAUAUUGCAGUUCAAUCUUGUGAUAAGUUGAGACUGAUUUCACGUGCAGUUGAAAUUCACCAGCUUUUAAAGUCAACACAUCCAUCGAAGCUUAACAGUGCUAUUUAUUCUUCUUUGAUAUCUUGUGCUGCCAGUUGUGCCGAUCAUAGAGCUGCAGAGAGUUUCUAUGAAGAUGCUGUUUCCAGAAAGAUAGCGUUGACCUAUCGUGCUUACUUUCACUUGUUGAGAGUUUAUGGUCGAACAGGCCAACAUAGAAAGGCCAUUUAUGUUUAUCAUUCUUUGCGUUUUUUACCAAGAAGGACUUUGCCAAGUGUCCAUGAUUGGUUUCUAUUGUUUUUAUCGCUUCGAGUUGCUGUUCAAAGAACUCGCAAUAGAUAUCUUUCUCAACCUUGCACUCAGUAUGCAACAGAAUUGGAAAAUAUUCGCAACGAAGUGAACGAGAUUGCAGAUAAGAUGUUGGAACAAGGUCGUUUGCUUUCUGGACAAUCUAAACAUUUAUAUGGCGUCAUGGAACGUUAUUUGAAUAUCAAAAUGGAAGUCGCAAGAUGGGAUGACGCUUUACAAGUAUUGAAAACAAUUUCACUCGAUCCUAAUUUGCCUAUUCAUUGGAGAAGUACUCGUUUUAGGUUGUUUGUGUCAUGGAGUCGUUAUUUAUUGGCAGUCGCAGUUUCAGAGGAACAAAUAUGGCAAACGUUACAAACAAUGGAAUCUUGUCAUAUCGAGUUGAAUGAGCCUUGUGUAAUGGCAGCUGUUCAAGGAUUUGUAAAGAUGAGACAACCUGAAGCUGCUCUAGAAGUAUUGCAGCGUCCUUUUUCAGUGAUCGAGCAAGUAGAAAGAAGACAUCAUCUUGAAGAAGGAAACCCUAUUCGAUGGAUACAUUCACAACGAGUAAUAACUUUACGUAAAUUGUACCUCUUUUUGAAACAGUAUCAUCCGAAACUGUUAGAUAGUUUCUGGAAUAUUUUAGAAGAAAAGGGAUUGACUCCUUUUGUGAACGAUUCUUGUAUAGAUUGAUUGGAUUGUCAAACUACUAGCUCAUUGAAACUGUAU